AUGAUUAUCAGAGUCGAUAAAUGUAGUACCUUUGGCAUCAAGGAAACUAUCACAAAAUCAGUCCAAUAUUUGCCGAAACUCCUCAUCAACAAUAAUCUGAUACCAACAGUAAAGAUUGGAGAAGCAUUUCAAUAUUUAGGACGUUACUUUGAUUUUAACAUGUCGAACGAUAACCAUAAGACUGAACUAACCACUCCCGUUAAUGAACUAAUGACUGAUAUUAACUCGAAGCCACUCCACCCAAGAAAUAAGCUUCUCCUAUACAGUCGUUAUGUCUUAUCCAAAAUAUCGUGGCAUUUCACCAUCGCAACACUUUCUAAAACAUGGCUUAUUGAAAAUAUUGAUCCCGUAGUCAACCAAUACAUCCGUAAAUGGCUUGAAAUUCCAACCUCAGGAACACUAAGUACUGUUUUUCUAACUCGCAACAAAUUUGGUCAAAGUAUUUAUCCUCCAUCGGUGAAAUUUAUCCAAUGCCAAAGAGAAAGUUUUAAAGCUUUUCAAAGGAAAAGCUUUAAAACUUUCUCCAAAUCAAUCAAUCAACGAACUGUGGAAAUCUACUAA